AUGUCUCAUUCAUCCUGGUGUCUUCAUCAAAGUUUCUUGUCUCUUCUGUGGCUGGCAGAGGUGAUGCUGAGGCUGAGGGGAGCCCUGUGGCUGGUUCUGAGCAUGCUCAGUCUGUCCCUGCUGCUGGUGGUGCUGGGAACCUACACGACGACCCGCACAGAGAGCCUGGAUGUGGCUGGUUAUGUCUCUGGAGCUAUUCUGACUGUCGGCUCGUUCCUUGGACUUUUAGGACUCCUCCUAGAAGAGAACCGCAGGCAGCUGCUUACAGCCGCCAUUGUAUUCCUGAGCUUUGGGAUCAUCACCUCCUUUUUAUGCCUGAUGAUUGAUGGUGUUUGUAUCCUCUUAAACAUGGACAUGCGUCCUCUUAAAGCAGGGAGGUGUCAGUAUUACAGCAGCGGCAGCGGUUAUAUCUAUGAGAACUCCUACAUUGCAGUGCCAUGUUGGACUCUGAGGGACUCUUGUACCAUGACCGUUCGAAGCGGGACCUGUUACUGCUGUGACCUGUACGACUGCGCCAAAGGAGACUAUAUGAAUAAUUACUUUGAGUUUGUUGGAGUACAAAGCUGUGAGGAAGUUUUCACGCUGUACAUUUUGAUCUGGACCCUCACCGGCCUGAACCUCGUGGCGUUUUUCACGGGGAUCCUGACUGCUGCCGUGCUCGGAAACAUCAAGUCCUUGAGGAGUACCGACCUGUUGACAGCUGCUCCUGGCAGGACCUCCUCCUGCCCUUCAGCUCCUCUGCUGAUGGACGCCAGGAACCACACAGCUCAGCAACUUCUUCCCGGAAUGUCGGAUUGUUUCCCUCGUGGAGAACCAAGAGCUUUCUCACAGGUUUUCCUCCAUCAGUGAUUCGGCACUCAGUCUAGACUGCCUCCCUUCAAACCGCUGCCCCAUCUCGGCUGCCUCAAAUAGUCCCCAGCAUUUCUGCAUGACCUUUAGUAUCACCCCAAAAAUGCAUCAAGCAGAAGAAGACAGAAAAUUUGCAUUGCACCUGCAAAUUUAAAGAGAUGCCAGUGGUUAUUCCUGUUCACCUCAGCAGACUUUAGAGAAAUCUGAGCUUAAUCAGACUUUAUCUAGAGCUGUAUAGGCAUAGGACACCAUAGGACAUAGGACACCAACUGUUAUGUGAAGAGAAAAUCAUGCUCUUUCAUGAAGUUAGAAAAAUUAUUUUUUGACGGUAUGAUAUUCAACGCUUGAAAUGUAUUCAAAUCAAUAGAACUUUAUUACAUUUUGUCAUGUUUUUAUCAAACAGGAAGUUACUGGCAUUUGAAAACUGUGAUAUGCAACAAUUCUGGGGUUUCUCUCCCCCAGUGUUGCACAUCGAUGCUCUGAAAGCAGAUGGUUUGGAAAUAACCCAAUUGUAACCAUUUAUGGUGUCAGGUUUGGACUGAACUAUCCCACGACUCAGAUCAAUUGAAGUUAGGUUUGUACAAAUUGGGGCUAAUGCUAACCCUAAAACACAAUAUUAAACUUUUUUUUCUAAGCAGAAAUAACUUUAGCUUUGGUCAUCAGGUGACAUCUGUUAAAAAGGCCUUUGAUGAAUUGGUUCAGUUUUAGCAUAAGCCAAUAGUUUGUAAAUAAAAAAAGUCCUACAGCUUUUAAAAAAUAGGAUUAACUUUCUACUGGCAGUAAUGUAUGUUUUUUUCAUAGUUAUGUCCGAUCAAAUCACAAUCCGAUCAACAAAGCUGUUUUUUGAGGAAUGUUGAGACUUUCCUUCAACGCAGAUAAUUGGAUGAAAAUUUGACCCCAAAUUUAAUUAAGGCUUUUCAACCUCUAAUCCUAUAUAAUUUAUUAAGGGCAGGAUUUAAUUUAAGAAUAUUAAAUCUUAACAUUUCUGACCUCAUUCUGACCUGGAGGAACAGCUCCUUUGAUCAUCUGUUCUUAGCGUUUUAUUCCAGAUUCCCCACGGGCAAACGAGCCGAACCACUUUCAAGUCAUCCUGAAAGAACCGAUGAACCCACUAACUAUCUCUGUCUUCUCACUCAUAACGAUUCAGCAGAUAGAGGAUGUGAUUGGAAUAAAAACAUGACAGAUCAUAGGCAGUGUUUCAUUUUCCCCCAUAGUUCAGUUGUGAUCAUUGUGCAGAUGUAAUUAGUUACAGACACACCAACCACAGGCUUCUAGGGAUUUAUCACAACUUCAUUAGUUUUUGUUCCCAUGUUUAUAGUAAUCAGAACUGGUUCUUUAUCACAUGCAUAGAUCACAUAUUUUUAUUAGGGAUCUAUUUUGGAGGAUUUUGUAUAAACCUAAAGUAUUUAUUGUGCUCUCUCAUUUUCUUUACAUGGUCUUGGAAAUAAUUUUCAAGGUUUAAAAGAAUUCCUAUUUGAGUUUGCCUUAAAGCUGUUCUUUUCAACUCUGUCGGCUCUAAUCAGCACACUUUAAACCUACAGAAAGUCCUAUUUUAUGUACUAC